AGAAGACAAAGCAAGAGCGGAUGAAGUUGGUACGGCUCCCCCAAGGCUUGCAGCUUCCUCCUUGGGUGGCAGGAAUCACAGAGACACCCCCGGCCCCUGCCCGUGGCUGAGCUGAGAACCUGCCUCAGGGAUUUAACCUGCUGCUCCUGGAUUUCCUCUCCUCCUCCCUCUCUCGCUUUGCCUCUUCUUCUCCCCACAUCCGCAUCCCCUGGACAAACCAGAGCUGGAUUCUCAUGGAACUGCCGAGAUGUUCAUGUCCAGAAUCCUGGAUUUUCAGAAGACGAGAUACGCAAGGUUUAUGAAUCACAGGGUCCCGUCCAACCGGAGGUACCAACCCACGGAGUAUGAGCAUGCUGCCAACUGUGCCACCCACGCCUUCUGGAUCCUCCCCAGCAUCUUGGGCAGCUCCAUCCUCUACUUCCUCUCCGAUGACCAGUGGGAGACCAUCUCAGCCUGGAUCUAUGGCUUCGGCUUGUCCGGCCUCUUCAUUGUCUCCACCAUCUUCCACACCAUCUCCUGGAAGAAAAGACAUCUCAGGACUGUGGAGCAUUGCCUACACAUGUUCGACAGGAUGGUCAUCUACUUCUUCAUAGCAGCAUCUUAUGCCCCCUGGCUGAACCUGCGGGAGCUGGGUCCCUGGGCCGCCCACAUGCGCUGGAUCAUUUGGAUCAUGGCAUCCAUCGGCACUGUCUACGUUUUCUUCUUCCACGAGCGGUACAAGCUGGUGGAGCUGGUGUGUUAUGUGAUCAUGGGGUUCUUCCCUGCCCUGGUGAUCCUUUCCAUGCCUAACAGAGAUGGGCUCCUGGAGCUGGUGGCUGGUGGCCUCUUCUACUGCCUGGGCAUGGUGUUCUUCAAGAGUGAUGGUCGCAUUCCCUUUGCCCACGCCAUCUGGCACCUCUUUGUGGCCAUUGGAGCUGGCAUCCACUACUAUGCCAUUUGGAGGUAUCUCUACCGGCCCGACACCAUGGAGGCCAGAACAUCCCGAUAG